AUGGCGGUUCAGCAAACGUAUCCCCGAUGGUUGAUAAAUUGUAAACAGGGAAUUAGUGAUUCAAAGGAAUGGAACACAUUUUUAGGGGAGUUACAUGAAGCCAUCCAACAACAGCUGACAGAAAGUCAUGUCCAGUACUUCACAGACUUGUCUGAGGCUGAGAAGGAGCUAUUUAUGGAAAGGGCCACAGCUGCUAUUGAAGGAGGUGGUAUAUUUACAAACCUGUCUAAGAAGGUUUCAGUUCUCUUGGACCAACACUUGAAUGAGGAGGUUUCUCGUCAGCUACUAGAGGAUGCCCCUGUUGGAACCAAGUCUGAUCUCAUUAUAGAGAAUGCAGAAGAGGGCUCACUUAGUAUGCUGAAGAAAUGGCCAGACAUGAAAAACAAGCUAAACAUUUGUCUAAACCAGGCACUACCUCCUCCCCUGAGACAGGUGGCCUGGAGACUCUAUCUCACCAACAGUAGAGUAAGAAAGCAGUAUGUUGACCAACUGAAUAGUAAUCCAAGGGCAGCAAUCUCCCCAUAUGACCUUGAGAUAUCCCAGAAAUGUGAGGCACUGAUAAAUACAGAGUCGACUUUUGCUGAUCUUAAAGGAUCUGUGGGGUCAUUUUAUGCCAUGAAAGCUGUUUUGUCAUACUACCAUGCAUCUCUGAAGACCAAGAAUAGGCUUCGAGAUGUAGACCAUCUCCUUGUCGUGCCAUUUGUGAAAGUGAAUGAACCCAACAUGCCAAAACGCGAGCCUCCUGCUGGUCGAGUGAUUGCCGCAUUGGUGGAGCAAUACAUUUCUUACAUGGAUUCUAGGCCAGGCUUUGUCACAGACACUGGCUCUGAUAAACAUGAAGAUGAGAUGGUAGCAUUUGUAGACAAAGUGGCUAGAGAAUUACAGGAGAAGUUUCCAAGUGUGGCCAGGGCUAUUGUCAAUAAUGUUGUCAGCACCAAGGAAAAGAUUGUGGAAACGGAGACUGGUAAAUAUGCACUGUUGAUGGAAGGUCUCACCUCUCUUGUCCGUCCUGUGAUACGUGGCAUGUUUGUCACUUACCUUAACUUUGACACACUUCUGUAUGUAUGGGACCAGUAUAUGAUCGGAUCAAACACUCCAGGCUUCCACACAGAAUGGCUGACCAACGUAACACUCGUGUUUCUGGGACUUCUCAGAGAAAAACUUAAAGAUGCAUCAUCGGCAGGGGAGAUGGAAAAAACCCUUAAGAUAGAGGGACCAAGACUAAUGAUUCCACAGUUUCAAUAUGAGGUUAAGACUGACCACUUCAAGACGCUAUACUCAAUGUUACAACAAGAUCAGAAAGCUGCCAUGCCUGUGCUGGAUCCUACACAGUCUCAACACCCACCAUGGCGUCACUGGUACAACGAUGUUAUCCCGCCUUACACCAAACCCCAGGAGCGGCGUCGUGCCCGAGAGGAGAGGGAAGCUGAGCGAGAGAGAAUGGCACGUAUGCAGAAGGACAAUGAAAUCAGCAAACGAGAGUUGGCAAUCAAGGAACGAAGGGAGGAAGAUGAGGAAUACCAGAGAAUGGCAGCAGGGGAGAGACAGAGGUUAGAAAUGGAGAGGAUGAGACUGGAGGAGAUGGUUCAGGAGGAACGGAGAAAGAGGCUGCAGGCUGAACAGAGAGCCCAGGAGGAGAUAGCACGUCUUAGAAUGGAGGUAUCUGCCCUUGGUUAUACCAAACCGAGAUCUCGUGCCUCAACAGGAAGAUCCUCAGUUGUUAUCAGUCGGUUCUGUGUGGCGCCCCCACCUACACGGGUAUCAACCCCAGAGCCACUACCUACCAUAAAAGAGGAUAAACGAGCUCCGACUCCUGCCAAAUCCCCAGACAACCAGACUCGCGAAGUUCUCAUAGACUUCUUACAGAGAGUGAAGCUUGGAGCAGACAAAAUUGCCCAUGGCCAAGGAGAAGACAAGGCAGAGCUUGAUAGAGAGACAGAUGGGUAUCUCCAACAGAAUGUCAAGGACAUCAAGCGGGCACAGAGAGACAUACUUGGCCACACGUUAAAGCCUGGAGAAUUUGACCGGAUGUCACCUACUUCACAACAGAACAUCAGUGAACAGAUGAUGAAGAUGAUGCAGAAAUGGAGAGAAGACAGACGAGCUCGAGAACUUCAACAGACACCAGGCAGUCGCAAAAACUCACGCAACAAAUAG